UUUUCUUAUUAAUACAUUAAAUCCGGCAUCAAAGUAUUAAUCCUUAAUAUACUAGGGAAUCUUUACUCACUCUAGGCGACAAAAAAUGUUCGAUGUUGACACCAGCGUGUCAUGUCGAUGACAGUAUGCCGGUAUCAGUGUGUGUACACGCACCUAACUAAUUUAGAGCCGCGUGUUUUAUUCGUGGUUGUUGAUUUCUUACGUAGUUUUAAUGGCCCGAGAAUUGAAAAAUGCAAACAAACUAAAGUUCAUACUUAAGUACCAUAAAGAAAUUAAGAACCACUACACUCAAAAGAAAACGUUUCUUUUUUCAGUGAAAAACACAUACUGGGAAUGCACAUGCCUGCUUCUAUAUUAACGUGAAGAAAAGCAAACUAGUCAAUAGGUUUAUCUACUACAUGUAUAUACUUAUUUGGCGUCGAGUAGGCGAUAAAAUCAUUAGAAAUCUUUUAAAUGUGUUAAACCGUAUUUUAAAUGCCUCAUAUAAGACUACAUGUACUUCAUUCAAUUACACAGGAGCAAUUUAUAAAUGUAUGAAUAUCAUUACUCAACAUAUCAUAUGCGUUGUUUUGUAAUUCUUUGAAUUCUUUUCUUUUCCUUUUCUCUUGCAGAUAACAAUGGUUGGUCUGCUAUAUUUGCUUGUCUGUUUGCUUCUCGAAAACGGUUAUGCUGAAAAUGGUUCGUCAAUUCUAUUACGUUUACCGGAUAUUCUGCAACAUAUGUGUCCCGGUGCAAAGGUUUGCCGUGAGAACCAAACACUUCAAGCGCCAAUGGAAGUAUCUGAGCCAGGUUUUGAGUCAUGCUGUGCCGAUUGUUCAUGUAGUUUUGACUGUGCUGAAACCGAGAAUUGCUGUUUUCCGUCACAACAGCCUCAAAGAAAUGCAAGUGGUAAUCAAAACGACAUAUUGCAGACGACAGAGCGGAGUUGUCUUUUCCUUACUACUGUACCUCCACCACCGGAAGACUAUGCGUUUUUUCAGGCAUACAACAUGAUUUCGAUUGUUUCAGAACCUGAUUCAUCUGCUAAUAGUACAAUGCAAUCAAACAUAUCUUGCGGGGAUCAACGCGUUGCUCCCUGGGAUAGUUUGUAUCCCGUAUACUCUAAAAGAAACAAUCUUCUAUACAAGAAUGCAAUCUGUGCCACUAAAAAUGGUGCUAUGGACGUCACUCCUUUCGAUGCAUUUCUUGUUUGUAAAGAAAUAGAUCAGCUUGUUUCAGAUGCAAGCAAUUUUGUUCAAUUGUUAGAUUCAACUUCGAACUCAGUCCCUAGAGAUUGCAGCGUUGACUUUACCUACCGAGGUGACAUCAAUGACCUGAAGUCUCAUAAAUGCUAUAAGGAGCUCGUUAAUGUAUGUCUUGCUUCAAAAUCAUUUCAUUUAACUUAUGAUAUAGGGUUUUCUAAGGAAGAAGUAAUUAGCGCAUGCACAAGUGGGCUGGUGUCGCCAUAUAGAAAGGCAAAGAUGUAUGCAAACAUUUUUUGCUACAUUUGUAAUGCUGAACCCUUUAUUAAAGAUAUAAGUUGUAAAAAGAUUACCUUUGAACGUGGACACGGUUCAAAUGGGUUUACAGGGCUUAUUGACACUAACUUCAUUACUAAUGAUCGCGAGGAUAUGUUAGCGAAGGCAAAAAAAGUACCAAAGGCUUGUGAAAUUAACGACGUAAGUAUUUCAAGUACUAUCAGUGAGCAGUCCUCACCGUACGGUGAACACUACUCAGUGGGCAGUACUCACUGUAUCGUGAAUACUAAUCAGUGA